AAUUUUCUGCAAAUCAUCAGCGAUGAAUCCUCCUCCGCCGCGAAAUCCAACCCGUGUUCCCGAGUCGGAAUCCCCCGCCCCAACGGAAGUCUCGUCGAUGAAACCUCCGCCUCCCAGAAACCCUAACCCACCUGAUCUCGACACAACGGAAGUAGCAAACCCCAACCCCGAGCUAACCGAAGAUUCCAAGGAAGAUUCCGCCGCUUCAGAAUCGAGAAAUCCACCCCGUGCUCGAUCGGCGAAACAGAGCCCCGUCCCGUACACUAUUCCAGAGUGGAGUGGACCUCCUUGCCAUCGGUUCCAGCUUGAAGUCCUCAAGGAAGGCGCCAUUGUCGACCAUUUAGACGUGUAUGAGAAAGGAGCUUACUUGUUUGGACGUGACGUCCUCUGUGAUUUUGCUCUUGAGCACCCAUCGAUUUCACGCUUUCAUGCUGUUAUUCAGUACAAGAGAAGUGGAGUUGCGUAUCUAUUUGAUCUUGGAAGCACUCAUGGAACGUUAAUUAACAAGAAUAAGGUUGACAAAAGGGUUUAUGUGGACUUGCAUGUUGGUGAUGUUAUUCGAUUUGGCGGUUCGACUCGGCUGUACAUUUUCCAAGGACCUUCCGAGUUAAUGCCACCUGAGAAAGACUUGCAAUUAAUGAGAGAAGCAAAGCUGAGACGGGAGAUGUCGGAACGAGAAGCUUCCCUUCGGCGUGCAAGGCAACAAGCAGCCAUGGCUGACGGUGUUUCAUGGGGCAUGGGGGAAGAUGCUAUUGAAGAAGAAGAGGAGGAUGUUGAAGAAAUUACUUGGCAAACAUAUAUGGGAGAACUCACACCAAAACAAGAAAAGACUAAGGAGAAAGUAUUGAAACGGUUGGAGAAGAUUGGCCAUAUGAAGAAAGAAAUAGCUGCUAUUCGAGCUAAAGACAUUUCUCAGGGUGGAUUAACACAAGGACAACAAACACAGAUCGCCAGGAAUGACCAGAGAACCGCCGAGCUUUUAGAAGAGCUUGAGACCUUGGAGGAGACACUGAAUGACAGCAUUCGAGAAAGUUUGGGUGCAAAAACAGGAAGAAAACCUACGGGUAAGAAGAAAGGAGCUGUAGAAGAUGAGGAAGACUUCUCGAGUGAUGAAGAUGACUUCUAUGAUCGGACCAAGAAGAAACCAUCAACACAGAAAGGCAGCGAAAGCCAAACUGUGGAAACGGUUGACUCUCUUCUAGAAAAGAGAGACAAAGUUUUGAAAGAAAUAGAAGAAAAGAAUGAACAGCUUUCGGCAGAGAAGAAUAAGAUGGAGACAGAGACCGUCCCAGAGGUUUCUUCGGGAGACUCCCUUGAUGCAUACAUGACAGGGCUUUCUUCAACAAUUGUGCAAGAUAAAACCGCUCAGAUCCAGCAAGAGUUGUCUACUCUUCAGUCAGAAUUGGAUAGGAUUUUGUACCUUCUAAAGGUUGCUGAUCCAAGCGGAGAAGAGGUUAAGAAAAGGGAGUUGAAGUCACAAGAACCAAAAAUGAAGCAAUCUGAAAUUCCUCCUGUGGAAAAGAAGAAGAACCUACCUUUAAAACCAGCUGAUGCUGAUGAGAAUAAAGAGAAAGAGGUGGGCAAAGAUGUAGAGGACUCAAACAGUAAGCCUGAAGUUGAAACGAAAGCAAGUGAAACAGCUGAAGAGAAGAAGACCGCUGUGUUUGUUCCAACAAAACCCCAAUGGCUCGGUUCCUCUGCAAACAAAGACACAGUUGAAGAGAAAAAACCUGAGACUGUAGAUGCUUCUGCUGCUACUGAUAGCAGUAGCACAGAUGAUGGUGAUGGGUUUGUUGACUAUAAAGAUAGAAAGACAAUGAUCGAAGGUGCAACAGGAUUAAUCAUAAGAAAACGGAAGCAAGAAGACAAAAGCAGCAAAGAGGAAGAUGAAAAGUCGAAGGAAAAGCAUGCAGAGGUCAUGGCUCAAGACGCAGUUGCUCUUUUGUUGAAACAUUCUGUAGGACAUCGUAUAGACGAAGAAGACGAAGGAAUUAGUAAAAAGGAAGAAAGUAAGCAAGGAAGUGGCCGUAGUAGAAAGAAAAAGAAAACUGAGAAAAAAGUACUUGGUCCUGAUAAACCAGAAUAUAUUGAUGAAAGCAGCACAGAUUUUGAUUCAUCAUGGGUACCUCCCAAAGGACAAUCGGGUGACGGACGGACGUCUCUAAAUGAUCGUUUGGGAUAUUGAUCGGCAAUUUAGUCCCCAAGAGCAAACCACGGGAUCGAGGGAAAGGUCAAAAGUGUAGCUUUAACCAUGUCAAGUUUGCAUCAUUCGUUUUGGUAAUAUUUCCUGGUCACACUCACGGUGUUUCAUGCUGUAAGUUGAAUGUGUGAAGUGCCUCUUUUGUGGCUUUCUUGUCUUGAGUUAAGUUAAGCUUCAUACAAAAGCACAGCCC